AAACUUUGAUGGGCAAGAGUCAUCAAAGGUUUCUUGCCUAUCAAAGGAAAAUUGCUUUGAUGACUUUGAUGAACAAAAUAAUAUGUGGACAGCAGCAGUGAACCUCUUCUGGAUUUCGGUAGUUCAGAGAAACAGACUAUUACUUUGAAAGUUUCCACCGGAUGAGUCGUGUUUUAUGAUCGAGGGCAGCUUGACCGGUAAGAAAUCAGAUCCAGAAGUUGCGUUAUGUGUGAGUGUGUGCGUGAGAGAACGGAUUGAUGCGGAUGUGGUCGCUGUAAAAACACCGUAUUCUCACACUUUAUCUCAUAUUACCGACAACAGCCGAGCGGCAAACACUUCCACCAGCUGGAGCGAGGUGGACCCGGAGACCCCGCGGAAGACUUGACACUUUUAAGAGGCUCUGAGGAGAAUACAGUGACGCUAACGACAAAUAGCCACCAUGUAAGAAAAGGAAGAGGAAGGAACGAAGAAAAGCCUUGUUUUUGUGGCCUCGCCAACACUCGCUGACCGACACAAGCGGAGGUAACUUCCCUGAGCUGUCAACGCAGCUAACGCGACUUAACUGCUCGUACUGUGAGUCAACACCAGCGGUUUAGCUUGUUAGCUUCCGGGGCCAUGGCGGACAGCUACGCGAAGGAGUCCAACGGCACUGCCCUCGUCCCUGCACAGGGCAGCGGAGCGUCGCUGCUUCCGACUCUGGCCAACUCCCUCCCAGGGGGAAACGCAGUGGUCGCCGGUGUUCACUCCAGCUCCAGCCCGGCCUCUCCUCCGCCCGCUGCGGCCGCGCAGAGUGGCCUAUCCGCUGUGAUGGCGUCCAUGUCCGCUGUCACUGCUACCCCGGCCGGGUUCGGGACCACAUUCGCCCACGGAACUACGCCACCUGUCCUGGCCUUGUCUCCAACCGUACACGCAUCCACGCCUCUCCAUGGUAUUGCGAUAGGGGUCGGAGGGGUGGCAGGAGCGGGCCUUCAGUCCCAAAUCCACGCCACGCCCUGGGACCCGACCCUGAGUACGGACUGGGACAGGGAGAGGGCUUCCCAACAGUGCAUCUCCAGAAUAAAGAGGGACAUCAUGUCCAUCUACAAGGAACCUCCACCAGGCAUGUUUGUCGUCCCCGAUCCUGAAGACAUGACCAAGAUACACGCCCUGAUCACAGGACCAUUCGACACGCCGUAUGAGGGCGGAUUCUUUCUCUUCCUGUUCCGCUGUCCCCCCAACUACCCCAUCCGCCCGCCACGGGUCAAGCUCAUCACUACAGGACACAACACAGUCCGCUUCAACCCCAACUUCUACCGCAAUGGCAAGGUUUGCCUCAGCAUCCUGGGGACCUGGACCGGCCCGGCAUGGAGUCCAGCCCAGAGCAUCUCAUCUGUCCUCAUCUCUGUCCAGUCUCUGAUGACAGAGAAUCCCUAUCACAAUGAACCUGGCUUUGAACAGGAGCGCCACCCAGGAGACAGCAAGAACUACAACGAGUGUAUCCGCCAUGAAACCAUGAGGGUGGCAGUGUGUGACAUGCUGGAAGGCAAAGUCUCCUGUCCCAAAGCUCUGUGGAGUGUGAUGGAAAAGUCAUUCCUAGAAUAUUACGAUUUCUACGAGGGAGUUUGCAAAGACAGACUUCAUCUACAGGGACAGAACAUGCAGGACCCCUUUGGUGAGAAGCGCGGUCGUUUUGACUACCAGGGCCUGCAGGCUCGACUCGGCGCCAUCCACAGGCGAAUAAGGGAGAAGAUCUUAGCAGAUGACGACAACAAUGACGACGACUCGGACUUGGACACCAGCUCCUCAGGGACGGACCCUGACAGUCAGGGCAGCUCCCAGCCCUGACCCUCUAAUCACGACUGGACAUUGGCCAGAUCAAGAAAUGAAAGACAGUGGAACAUUUUUUUUUUCUUUUUGUUGACGUUGUUUUGUUUGCAGUGGAGGAACAAAAUCACAUGAGGCAACCUAAUGGCUGCCCAGGCGACGCAUACUUCAAUAUGCAAUCCUCCCACCGCUGGUGUCACAGCUGGUCUCUUGGCACCAGAGGGCCAUGCGGCCCAGGUGAGCGGCCAUUCUUAGAAACAAGCAGGAUUUAGGGCCACGGGGUUAUGACACCUCUGCUGGAGGUUGACAUAAGAACUAGCUCUACUCUGAAGCCUUCCUAGCCAUUCUGGUCAGAGGUGAUAGAUUGUCCCUGAAAGGCAGAGCUUCCCUCCCUCAUACCUCCAUUAGCUCUCUCACUCCUUCACUCUCCUGUUGAGGCUUUGCCUCCGCCGUCCUGUCACCCAUGCAUCUCCUUCCACCUUCUAAUUUGUUGUUACGCCUCAACCCAGGACAAAGCACACCUCUGUGAUGAAGGUGUUUGUCAUCCUCAGCCUCCUUCCUCCUGCUCAUCUGCACCCAACCCUCCAGCGUUCAGUCCAUGUAGCUCGCACACGUCACCACCUCGCACUUCAGCAGCUUUCAUUUCCACCAUUCUUUCUACGAAAUUGACUUUAUCUGCACUUUGACCUCUUUCUUGGAGUUCAUCUUCGAAACGAGAUCUUUUGGAAGCUGACGGCUGUCGGCUAACAUCCAGCUUGUGGUCCAGUCCUCACACCAUGCAUGACUGUUUGUAUUCACCAGCAUAACUCACUGGACGUCAGUUCUUGUUUCACUUACCCCUGCUACAGUCCUUGUCCCCCCAAGCUCCCUCUGCCUGUGUAGCCGUGUUGGCAUCGCUUCAGUUUGGUACAGAACGUAUAUUUUUGGAUUUUCUAUCAGGACUUACCAACGUAACCAGCCCCAACCGGAGUACAAUGGUACGCUAAAGUGCCAGAGAAAGAUCACAGUACAGUACCUGGGUGGAGUUAGAUGCGGCCCAUUCCAAACCCCGCCUACAUAUGCCUGACCCAGACCGUACCAUACUGUACCAAACAGAACCGUGUCAUGAUGGAAACACAGUUUAUGAUAAUUCUCAUGCACCUCCUGCCUCUCAUCUACCGUCACGAUCCAACACAGCAAAUGACAAAAUAGGUUCCGCGACCCAUUGGAAGAAAAAUAAAUGGGAACAACUUAAUCAUUGUCUCUCAGUAAGAGUUUUGUAUGCAGUGAUUUCAUUACUCACCAAUAAUAAUAUUUUUUAUACGUCUAAGAUACAAGUCAAAAACCACACCAGAGGUGAUGAAACGGCAACUCCAGGCUUAACAAAGCUCAUCUGUUAACUGGUGGGGAAUUUGAACAAGCUCUAAAAUUUAUUGACACCCUUCAUCUCUGUGAGUUCUCUGGCAUGCUCUACAGUUCCUUUCAAGACAGUAGGUCGUCAUAUUCCUCUCGCUGAUGGGCAUGAAUCACUGGUUUCACAAGUGAAGCCUCAAAUUUGUUAAGGCCCAAAUGAUCUGAUAGGUUUCUCUCCGUGUCAGUGGCUGGAUGAGUUUUAUUUUCCAUAAACCUAUUCCAUGGCAUCCAUCAGGGUUCAGUUGUGGGUCCCCUGGUUUUAAACCUUUUGCUCCAUCUUUAAUUAUCCAGUUUCAUUACAACAUUGAUGAUGCACGUCUCCACUUAGUCAGACCCAAUGACUGAAAUGUCUAAAAUGGAAAUGGCGUUCAGUGUCAGACUGAAAUUAUUUCAGAAAUAUAGAGAGCCAAGUUUCUCACUGAUUAUAACACGUCUCAGAAACUACACCUAAUCCCAAAUGACUCAUUUUACAAUCAGCAAUAUUUCUUACAUUUGUAGACAGGACAAAGUUUGAGAUCCCCGGGAAUGAGCUGAAAUUUGCAGCUUGUGGCGUAAUGCAAAUUAGAUCCUGAUCUAAUAAGCAAUACAUUAUCACAGAAAGCAGACAAAUGAGACGUCACUGGUCCAGAAACUAAAUCAAUCGGUCAUCCUACGUGAGUUAAAUUAAGUCUGGUUUCACGCAUCAGUGAUCAGUGGCUCCUGGUGAGAGAGAGAGAGAGAGACAGAGUGUAGUCUGAUAUCAUCUCUACUUAUGUUCAUGUCGUGUGAACUUGUUUUAAAAGGUCACGGUUUGAAAACCACGUCCUGUUUGACGUCACGCUGC